AUGCAGCUUACCAGCAUUUUCUUCACCGUCCUGGCCAGCGUCGUCAUGGUUGGAGCUGUCCCGAGCAAUAUCCAGUCUCGCGGCUGCCCCAAUGAUUAUGCAGUUUGCGGUGAAUGCAAUGGCACCUCGUGCAAAGUGGCGGGCACUAACCGGGCCUGUGAUGUUGGCAGUUGCGUGGGGGAUGGUGGCGGCGACGGUGCUAUCUGCGGUACCUAUGACUGGAAGAGUCCUACCAUGGAGUGCCCUGGAUCUGGUUAA